GGCGGGGCCCGGUGCGCGGGGGCGGGGCCCGGUGCGCGGCGGAGCGCGGAGGUAGCGGGGUGGCGGCGCGGCCGUCCCGUCCCGUCCCGUCCCGUCCCGUCCCUCCCGCCGCCGCCGCCGCCGCCGCCGCCGCCAUGGGCCUCACGGUCUCCGCCAUCUUCUCCCGCAUCUUCGGCAAGAAGCAGAUGCGGAUCCUGAUGGUGGGGCUGGACGCCGCCGGUAAGACCACAAUCCUCUACAAGCUGAAGCUGGGUGAGAUCGUCACCACCAUCCCCACCAUCGGGUUCAACGUAGAGACGGUGGAGUACAAGAACAUUUGCUUCACCGUCUGGGAUGUGGGUGGCCAGGACAAAAUCCGACCCCUCUGGAGGCACUACUUCCAAAACACACAGGGUCUCAUCUUUGUGGUGGACAGCAACGACCGAGAGCGAGUGCAGGAGUCUGCUGACGAGCUGCAGAAGAUGCUGCAGGAGGAUGAGCUGCGGGAUGCCGUCUUGCUGGUGUUUGCCAACAAGCAGGACAUGCCCAACGCCAUGGCAGUGAGCGAGCUGACCGACAAGCUGGGGCUGCAGACGCUGCGCAGCAGGACCUGGUACGUGCAGGCAACGUGUGCGACCCAGGGCACGGGGCUCUACGACGGGCUGGACUGGCUAUCACACGAGCUCUCCAAGCGCUAGCUGGGCCAGCAGCACAGGGACUGGAUGAGCUGGGGACGUCUCUUCCAACUGCUGUUUUGUUUGGUUUUCGUUGUUUUAUUUGGGGGGUGGGUGGUUCCUUUCUCCCCCGAGUGGCCUCGUCUCUGUGUUUAUCUGGUAGGACUCGAAAACCUCACGGACUCUUCACGCAGCUCCACUUUGCGGUGUCCUGCCUUCGCCCCGGCAGUGCUGCGUGCUGGCCGUCCUCCCCACCUGCAUGUGCCGUCUGCGAGAGCUUGCCCGGACCUGCUGGGGUGGCAUGUCCCCAGGCGUCCCCGCUCCUCGCCCGGAGCCGGCGGUGCGGGCUGAGCUUGCCUGGGAGGCAGCCCUGCCACUGCGGGGCAGGAAGGAUCCUCCUUUUUAUCCUUCGAUAAACUUUAUAGUUCUUUUUCUCUCGGGGAGGGGGCGUAUGGCUGCGUAACGUGCUGUUAUAUAUCGAGUAAUUAAACACCACCACUUUGUACCCUG